AUGGUAUUUCAGGAGUUCGAAGACGUACUGUCGCCGGCUUUUGAGGAAGAGGAAGAGCCUAUAGUGGAACUUUUUGAAGUAGGAGAAGGCCAUACCCGAGCUGAGACCACACUUGAGCUUAAGAAGCUGCCCAAGCACCUUAAGUAUGUUUUCUUGGAUGAUUCCCAUCAGAAGCCGGCGAUCAUCUAUGCUGAGGUCGACAGUGAAGAAGAAGAGGAGCUGAUAUCCAUGCUCAGAAAGAACCAGAAGGCAAUCGGGUGGAGCCUAGGAGACAUCAAGGGGAUUAGUCCCACUACUUGCAUGCACCGGAUUAUCUUGGAGGAUGGAGCCAAGCCUUUUCGGGAUAGCCAGCGAAGGCUAAACCCGAAUAUGAUGGAGGUAGUAAAGAAAAAGGUGCUGAAGUUAUUCUCCGAGGGAUUGAUAUAUCCGGUGGCGAGCAGUGAGUGGGUAAGCCCUAUUCAUGUGGUGCCGAAGAAGGGAGGCAUAACCGUGAUCGAAAACGACAAGAAGGAGUUGGUCCCCACUCGCAUCACUACCGGGUGGCGUAUGUGCAUCGACUACAGACGACUGAACGCUGUGACCAAGAAGGACCACUUUCCAUUGCCGUUUAUUGACCAAAUCCUUGAUCGUCUUUCGGGCCAUCAGUUCUACUGCUUUUUGGAUGGGCUCUCCGGCUAUUAUCAAAUUGCUUUGGGGAACGGGAAGGUAGCUUCGGGGAUGCUCGACCUCGGGGCCGGAAUUAAUCUUAUGCCCUUCUCGAUUUUUCAGAGGCUUGGCCUUGGGGAUUUGAGGCCGACUCACAUGUGCCUUCAGUUAGCAGACCGUUCCAUCAGGUACCCGAAGGGGAUAGUCGAGGAUGUUCUCGUGAAGGUAGGAAAGCUUAUCAUUCCAGUGGAUUUCGUCAUUCUAGACGUCGGGGAUGUGCACGAGAAUGGAAAGGAUCACACCAUCCUUCUCGGUAGACCUUUCAUGGCGACGACUAAUACCCUCAUUGACGUGAAGAAUGGUACUCUGAAUAUGACGGUUCUGGGGGAGUCGGUGUCUAUUUCUGUCCGAGAGGCCAUGUCUUCAUCUUUGGUAAAUUUCAUAGAAGAAUGUGCUUUUAUUGAUGUUGCUGACCCUUUUGUGGAUGAGAUGGUAUUUCAGGAGUUCGAAGACGUACU